AUGCUUCACACGAAUAAUGGCGCCGUGACGGCGCUUGAUCUCCACUACGCCGAAGCCACCCGCUUUCUGGUGGUCUGCAAUGCGGAUCGACGACUGAAAGUGUACGAUCUCCAAUCGGGGCGCUAUCAACCGCUCGAGGUGUGCAACAUAGUGACCCGAAGCCGCUGUACGGCCGUUCGCUGGUUGGUGCACUUUCCGGUGCUGACCAUGAUCUACGACGAUAGUUAUGCGCUCGAUCGGUGCGCCUACACCAUCCACCAGCCGCGUGAGAUUGGACUCCGCAUGUUUCCCCUGUGUUCCAUCGGCGCAGAAGCGACGGAUAUGAGCGCCAACGAAUGGCUAGGCACGAACAUGUUCGCCACCGACGGAGGCGACCUGCUGUAUCACCGACCGAUAGCGUUUGUGUGUAAUACGCAUGAGAGGAAAUCGACGAAUAUGCUAACAUCUACGGUGACCAUUCGUUUGGAGGAGAACGAUGACAAUUCCACCAAUCUUUCAUCCUACGAAGCUUUCUCCGGCCGGUUCGGGCUCUUAUUCUCCGACACUGAUGGGGUAAGUUGGCGCUUGUUUUCUUUCUCCCCGGCCUGCGGGUUAAUGUGAAACUCAGCUGCUGCU